AUGGCGGACUCUAAGAAGCCUGUAGAGCUGGAGGAGGGAUGGAAGGACAUGCAGGCGGGCAUAAACAAGCUCAUCAGGAUCCUCGAGGGCGAGAACGAGAGCCAGUUCAAUGCAGAGCAGUAUAUGAAGCUGUACACGACGAUCUACAACAUGUGCACCCAGAAGCCACCGUACGACUACUCGGAGCAGCUGUACGGCCGCUACAGGGAGGCAUUCAACUCUUACAUCAACGACAAGGUGCUGCCGUCGCUGCGGGAGCACCGCGAGGAGGUGCUGCUGCGCGAGCUGUACCAGCGGUGGUGCAACCACAAGCUCAUGGUGCGGUGGCUGUCGCGGUUCUUCAACUACCUCGACAGGUACUACGUGCUGCGGCACUCGCUGCACCCCCUGAAGGACGUGGGGCUGCUGUGCUUCAGGGACCAUGUUUACGUGGAGGUGAAGCGGCGCGCCAAGGACGCGGUGCUCAAGCUGAUCGAGCGCGAGCGCGAGGGGGAGCUCAUAGACCGCGCGCUGGUCAAGAACAUCCUGGACAUCUUCAUAGAGCAGCAGCCGGCGGCGGCUGUGGGCAGGCCUGGAGGCCCGGCCCUCGUGUAG